UGUGCAGCUGCUGUCAUGGUGUUGGUGCCGAAACGGUUCAUUCAAGUUUUUGAAGUUACGCCGUCGAUUUGAGCGGGUUUAUGUGCUGCUGUGUUUGGUGUGUGCUAGUGUCGUCGGUUUAUUUGCGGUAAAUUGGCUGCAGAAUUGUAAAAAUAGUGCUGCAAAACUCGAUAGAAAAAAAAACGCGAGGAAAUAAGCAACCGCAACUGUUGUGAGCCAAAGUGUGCACGGUUCGCGAAAUGUAUUGAAAGGGUGUUGUCUACACUUUCUAUGGAGUAGCAUCUUUUUGCCUGUGGUGUAUUGUGUCCGUGUUUAUUCAUCUGUAUAGUGGACUGAGCGAAUUAGAAAAGCAGAUUUGGAGCACAGUUUUAAAGGCAAACUGCUCUCCAAUCUCCAGCAACAUGGAUGAGCUGUUGGAAAUGUUCAACUCCUUCAUCGGGGAGGCACUCGAUUACGAACGGGCUAUGGAUGCUGAGUUCGUGGAGCUCGAGAAGAAGUUGAGCGAGUGCGUCUCGCUGGCAAAGGAGCGGGGCACACCGGUGCAGAACAAGAAGCGCCCCAAGCGGCAGGCAUCCCUAUCGGAAAAGGAAGAAGAAGCGAGCGGUAAGUCCGCCGGGGAGGAGGAAGAACAGUCAGAAGCAAGAACAUCGACGAACGAUCGUUCGACCACAGGCGGCACUGGAAAAUCGUCCUCCGCCCGCAUGCUCGAUGUGAGUGGCGGCAAGGGUGCGGGUGAAAAGCAGGCACCGCAACCGAUGGACACCACCACCAGCCAGGCGAACGAAUCGUCCGUCCGGCCGUCACGAACGGCACGGCUGAAGGCGCAGGAAAAGCUGAAGGAACCGGCAAUAGGCAGCAAGCUGCGCAACGAUGGCGGCACGGCGGUGACGAUCAAGCUGGAGCGCAACUCGUCCGUCGCUAACAGUACGCUGGUGCGGGGCGGAAAGGAGGCGCUGGUGGCGAUGGAGAAAACCACGCUCGAGCGAACGUACGUCGAGAUGGAGACGGAAAACGAUGCGAACCGGGCGAACCGAAUCAUUAGCCCGGCAGCUGCCGCUGCCGAGAAGCGGACAAACGACGAAGGCUUCUCCAGCGCAAACGAAGCAUCGCAGAAGGAACCGACGAAGCAGGCCGGCAAAAGCGAGCGCGACAUGUCACUGCUGGUCGUGCCCCCGGUCAUACCGAAGGUGGAGAUUGUGUCGGACGAGGAGAUGCCACCGCCGAGCAUUAUGCCGCCACCGAAGCUUCCCGCACCGAAGGUACGCACGAAGAAAAAACCGCCCGUGGGUGAGAAGGGUGCCAAGGACACCAGCGACACGGCGUCCAGCUCGGCCGUGUCGUCGGCCGAUUCCACCAUGAACAGUACGGCCAGCAGUGUUAGGAGUAGCGCGAGCAACAGCAGCAGCACUACCGCCAAAAAUCGGGUGGGACGUCCUACGCGGACGAAAACCAAACAGACGGGCAAACAGGUGGAAGAACCGGUGGCUGCGGAGGCGCCCUCCAACCCUACGACGCCACCCGCGGUGCUGAUGGACGUGGGCGUACUGAUCGAACCGAUGCGCAUCAAGGCGGAAAAGCUCUCGAUCGUACAGCAGCAGCCAGCACCGGCCGACCGGACGUCCGAUAAAUCCAACUACGAGGAUGCACAGGAGCAGCAGGAGCCAAUGGAGGUGGAAACCACCACCAACACGGCGCAGCUGCAGAGCCAGAUGCGGCCGCUAAAAAUUGCGCUGCAGAAAAUCCCGUCGCACGAGCUGCCCCAACAAGCGCACGUCGGCCCGUCCGAUAUGAAUGGAACGUACACGACUGGUACUGCAGCAGGUCAGCCGAUUCCAUCCGACGGCACGUUCACUAUGCCGCCGUCGAUACAUGACGGCACGUUUACGGUCAACUCGCCGAUGGAAAAUGCACGCGGUGCGCCGAUUUGCAAUGAAACGUUCAAUAUUCCCGCUGCCGGCGGCACACCACCGAUGGCCGGAUCGGAGCGCCAUCCGGACGAUACGUACGUGAUCGAGAAGAGCGGUGGCUCGUCGGGUGGUGCCGGGCCGCAGCAGCAGCAGCAUGUUCCGCUCGCAAACGCCAGCAUCAUGACCGAGGACGACUCGGUGGUGGAAAACUCGCCCAUACAGCCUGCGCCGGAGCAGCCAAAAUCAAAAACGACCACCCCCCGUACAAGGGUCGCUGCUACUGACCCUCCCCCAGUGCCUGGACCGAAGCCACAAAGAGGUGCGGCUGCGCUGAAAAAGUCCGCCAGUGCGGUGGCCGACGCGAAGAAAAACAAGGAACUGUUCAACCCGUGCGUGAUGAGCCCAAUCAAGAGCCGCAUCGAGGCGUUCGAGAAGUGUGCGACGGCAACGGGUGGGCCCGCUGCAUCCAAGAUCGGCACGCCGCAGGCCCAGAUCGGGCGGCUCAUGAAAACGGUGAGCACACCGACGCUCGGCACGACGGAACCGCACGGCAUUACCCGGUCGGCACACGCGAAACCGUACACCUCCUCCUCCUCCUCCUCCUCGUCCGUCUACACGCCAAACUGUGCCGCCCAGCCGCCCAUGCCGAAAGCGGCCUCCGCGUCCAAGAUUGGCCAGAUGCAGAGCAGGGCGCUCCAUCACGGUACAACGAGCGGCGGCGGCGGCGGCGCACAAAGCCACUCGCGCGACUCAAGCUGGGACCGUGCCGGCGGUGGUGGCGGCAGCGGUGGAACGUUAUCGGCCGCCUCUUCCACCUCCUCGCUGCUGGACGAGAAGAAGAAAAAGCGCGAGGAAAAGCAGCGGCUGGCGGCGGCCCAGCGGGAAGCGAUGGAGCGCGAAAAGCGCGAACACGCCGAGCGGCUGGUGCGCGAGAAGGAGGAAAAGUACCGGAAGCUGGUGCAGGAGAAGCAGGAGAAGCUGCGCCUCGAUGCGCAGAAGAAGGCCCGCAAGCUGGAGGAGUUCGAGAAGCGGCGCCAGGCGGAGGAGCAGAAAACGCUCGCCGACCAGAAGCGGGACGAGCUGGCCAAACAGCUGGCCGACCAGGAACGAAUCAAUCGAGAGCUACUGGACACGCUGAAGCAAAAUCAAACGAAGGAUGCGCACGAAACAAAGCUGCACAAGCAGCUCUACCAGCAGAAGCUGCGCCAGCAGCAGCAACAGCUUGAGAAGCAGCACCACCAGCAACAGCUGGCCGCGAAAAAGAAGCUGGCGGGUGGGGCGGCCGGCUCCUCCGCCGCCAGCAAGAAGCUGUUCACGUUCGAGAUGAUCGACACGGACGACUCGACCGACGAGGAGGUGUCGGAGGAUACGAGCGCACCGCGCAAGAAGCAGCGACCACCACUGCCAGAAUGGUGCCAGAAGACCGCAGACUUCCGCAAGCAGCUGCAACUGCAGGCCCAGCUACAGUCGAGCGUGAUCGAUCGACUAUUCUCCGUGCAGCCGAUGACGCCCGAUCUGCGCCUACUGUUCCCCUCGAUCGAUGCGCAAAAGCUGAAGCGUAACUCGAGCGCAAUCUGGCGCACACCGCCGCGCCACUCGCAGCUGCCGUGAAGCAGAGGUGGAGGACCCCCUCUCGCCCAGAAUGAUGGCACUAGGAUGUAGGACGUUUGUACGUGUGUGUGAGUUUCUAAUUGUAAACGACUGCUUAUAUGCCGGUUUGAGUUGCCGUAUCGUCUCCGAUUCGAUUUUAAUACACACUUUGAGUUGGGAUUACGGAUUUA